UCGGUAAAGAACAAUAGCCGUGUGCAACUAAAAACUUUCCAAAGAGGUUCAAUUGGGUUCUGUGGUACGGGUUUGGAUAAUGGCAAUGCGUCAAAGGGCAGUCCACUGUUACAGUCGCAAUGCCUGUUGAUAAAGUACCCGGAGCAAAGCGUCGGAUGAUGACACGGAUACGCAGGGAUACUCUUGGCUUGAAAAGAAACGCAAACCCCAAUCUGUACACUACGACCGCAGCAUCGGCAGCGAUGGAAAGUUCCAUGAUGAGCACGGCCGAUGCACUUGCCACCGCCGGGGAGAUGGUGGUUGUGGAGGAUGUUUCGGCAUCGAUCGAACACCACCACCAAUCGGUAUCGACGGUUCCGCUAAUGAACGGAAUCACCGUUACCCUGGCGAAUGGCACCGUCACCGUCGGCGACGGUGAGGAUGGCGAUAAUAAUAAGUACGAUGUAGCUGAUAAGGAGGAAAACGAUUUGCCUGCUAUUGAUUUUGCCAGCGCAACGAACCACAACAAUAUGGAAACGCAGACGACGCCAUCGGUGGCGGUCGAUGAUAAGAUGCGGUGCUAUGCGGCGAACCCGGACGAUGAUAACGAGACGACCGCGAUGAUGAUAGUGGAUUCUGUGGGUGCUACCGAAACGGCCCAUUGCAGUAGUAGUAGUAGCAGCAGCAGCAGUAACAGCAACAGCAGCACUAGCACGAGCAGCUCCAGCGGCAGCAGUACCUCGGGAAGCAGCCUAUCCCACCCGGAAGCGGAUGAGGUUGACGGAGCGGACGAAGAAGAGGAGGUGGAGGAUGACGAGGAGGAAGAGGAAGUGGAGGAGGAAGAAGAGGAUGAGGACGACGCGCAGCGGGAGGAAUUGCACGAACCCGAGCAUGGUCCGACAUCCGUCGUCGAUGAGUCGACCAGCGUGGACAAGCUGCACAUGAUGCAGACGGACGACGAUCCGCUGCUGCAGGAAACGAUCAAUGCCAUCAUGAACGGUGCGGAAGGUAUCGAGGUGGUGAAUACGUCCGAGCACGAUCACGUCGAGAACUCUGCUGUCGCAACGGAUCCGAGCAUAGCGAAUGUAAUAGCCACGGAGUUGAACGCGACUAGGUCAGCUAACGACGAGGUUGAAACGGACAGGAACUACGAAUGCACCUACUGUGGGAAACUGUUCACACGCUCCAACACGCUGUCGUACCAUCUGAAGGUGCACACGGGCGAACGUCCGUUCAAAUGCAAGCAUUGCGCCAAAGCCUUCCGCGAGCAGUACCGGCUUAUGAAGCAUCUUAAGACACACUCGAAAUAUCGCAACCGAAGGUUGGAACGGGGCUGCAUCGUCGAUCAGCAAGCGGACAGUAGGGUGAUGAUGGCACCGAGUGUGCGCGUUCAUCUACAUCGGGGAACCGCAGCGGCGCUGCUGGCCGGCACGAACGGACUCGUUACGACCGCGGAAGAAGAUUACACCACCGGUGACAGUGAACGAUUCUUCAAGAGCUACGACCUUCCGGAUGGAUCAGUCGCGAUGAAACUGGAACCAGAUAUCUCGCUAACGGAGGACGCAGACGUUUCCGAGGUGGGACCGGACGCGAUGCUUACGACAGAAGAGGUAGAAACGGCAGAAGAACAUCAACCGAUCGUCGAAGAGCAGGAAGAUCCGAACGUCGUCCAGGAUGGAACGGGCUCGGCCGAUGGCAAUGAAAUACGGUACCAAAUCAUUGAGGAAAGAAUUAAAUCGUUGCAGCGUGAGGUGCACUUGGUCAACCAGAACCUCAACCGGGUCGAAACUAAGGUGGACGGAUUGACAAGGAUCAUCUCGUUGUUUAUUGGAAAGUUUGAAGAUGAAGCGGAACUGGCCAAUCAAGCUGCCCAACUUCAGCACCAACAACAACAUCAGCAGCAGCAGCAGCAACAACAGCAGGUACUUACGACCAUGUCCACCGAAAACGAGACGGUCGUUCCCGUUGCGUCACUAACCGUCGUUGCACAGCAGCAUCCGCACCACGUCUCCACUGCUUCAACUUCGCCCUCCAUUCAACCGAAAACUAUCUUCCUCACCUCAACUACCGCACCGGCGCAAAAUCCCACCGGAACGCAGGUACAGGUACAGCCGGUAAGCGUGUUCCAUACGGCUACGUCUCCCAUCGCUCACCAGCACCCAACCCGGGUCGGAACGGUCGCCAAAGAAGCGCGCACCACCAACACACAUUACUAUCAGUUUGCCGAACCGUCAACGGUGGUGCACGUGAAACCCGAAGCUUCUCCACCACCGACGGUGAAGGUGUCUUCACCCUCGCCGACACCACCACCACCGCCACUACCGACCCAAGCGCAGCAACUGACGCUGGCCAGCAGUGCGAACGGUGGCAACCAGCUGCUUGAUACAUUCCCCGAGAUACCGGAGCUACCGAUCAGAACCGUGGCCGAUUUUCUCGACCUUAACGAUCACUGUACAGACAACGAGCAGUUCCUAUUGCAGAUGAUGAUUCGGUUACACCAGGAAAUACACAACUCACAACCAUUCCAGCGGAACAUUAAACGUAUGAUGGAGGCGCUCGUCACCUACGAGGUCCUGUGCCAGUUCAGUUGGAGCGGUAAAUCGGCCAUUAACGGACAGUAUACCAAGUACGUGUUCGGGAACAGUUUGGGCAUCAUCGAUUUGCUGACGAAAACGCUCAACCUUGGCAAAAGUGCACAGGAAGCGGAAGCGAAUCAAAAGCCAAUCUUUGCCGCCAUUCAGAGCUUCAUUAAACAUUCGCGCCAGAACAUGAUACGCGACAGUCGGAAGCGCCGCGAUCCGAUGCGUGGCAGUGCACUGGCGGUGGGCGGCACUGGCGAGGUGGUCGCAGGUAUGGUGCCCGAUACUACCACGACGACCACCACCAUCGCGUACCACGUGAACGGUGGCGAACGGUUGCAGAUAAAGCAGCUCCGGUCUGAGCGCCAUCACCAUCAACAGACGGAGCUGGUCAAUCCGUUCUAAUAAGGGGAAAACCAACCGUCGUACUCACAUUUAGCGGGGAUGCAUGGGCACUGGCAGAGUCCUGGCAGUCCUGGAUCCUGGUGAUGUAAAUAGCAAGUCCUAGUUUCGUAGGCAUAUGUGUAUUGAGGAAUAUAGAUAUGUAGCUGUGUACGCGUUGUUUAUCCAGCAACAAACAAAAAUCCGCCACGUGAAGACACACACACAUCCAAAUACGUAGCUCAUGUAGUGCGUUCUAAUCCGACAGUGCUUAUUUAAAAUGGAAGGGAACCUUCCGUAAUUAACAAAAGUUUCUACCACAAACCGCAGUCAUGAAGCAGAAGUGGGGGGAAGUACUAAAUGUUUUCGUUUUUAACACAUUAGCUAAGUUUGAUUUUAUUUUAAUCUAUAUUUCGCUCCUACACAUUGGCGCAUUACAUUCACAGCAAAAUCGGUCACUUUCCCUUUUUCCAAAGCGUUCGAUUCAUGUGGCAGCAAUGUGUGCGAGUGUGAAUUCAUUGUUGUUCUAUUUCGUUCUAUUUUAUGCUAACCUAUUUUCUUCCAUUCAACUUUCGCACCUUCGCUGGUGCUAUGCAGCGCAAUUGGAGUGCGGACUGCUGGCUCACAAAAGGUCCCGCGCGCGCCCCAAAAACAAACCGGGCAAAAAGUACCAACACGUGUCGAGCGGUGUGUGUGUGUGUAAAAGUAACUACCGACCGUCGAAAAAAAAAAAACAAAACAAAACAAAAUACGCGAGCUAAGAAUAGAAGUAUGUAAAAUGCGCGAAAACCUCACUAGUUCCUGCAGGACAGUUAUGUGCAAUGUGCAAUGCUAUUUUAGUGGAACUAGCGCUGUAGUAAAUGUUAUCGCUGAUUGAUAUGAUAAAUCUAAAUUUCUAAAUGAUACAGACAUGUACGCCAACCGGAGUGUGGUUUUCCUAUUUUUCGUAUCUACACCUGAUCGAGUUCCUCCUUUCUGACCACCGGAUUGGUAUAUGAUUCGUUUUUCUACGAAUGACUUUCUCUGUUCUGGUGUUCACUGUUCACUUUUCU